GGAGAAUCAAGAUCCAAAUGAAAUGGAACAGACAGAUCAUUAUAAGAAACACCAUGAUUUAGUAAUUGGUGAAAAAUCCACACAGACUAAAACGGCUUCUAUACGAAAAAGAGCUCAGAAAACCAAAUCUAACAGCUCUUUCACCUGCCAUCAGUGUGGAAAGAGCUUUGCUCAACAAGAAAACCUCAAAAGGCACAUGAGAAUUCACACUGGAGAGAAGCCUUACACCUGCCAACAGUGUGGAAAGAGCUUUGCUCAACAAGGAGCCCUCAAAAGGCACACGAGAACUCACUCGGGAGAGAAGCCAUUCACCUGCCAACAGUGUGGAAAUGUUUUCACUCAAAAAGCAAGCCUUCAAGAUCACAUGAGAACUCACUCGGGAGAGAAACCUUACACUUGCCAUCAGCGUGGAAAGAGUUUUACAUAGAAAAGCAGCCUUCAAUCUCACAUGAACAUUCACACUG